CACGGCGAUGCCUAUUUUAGUCAAAGCCGCUGCGGACGCGGGGACCCAGCCUCGGCCGCAGAGCCUCCGGACCCGCCCGCCGCCCGAGGAUCGCCCGUCGGGAGCCCGUCGAGCCGCCGCGCCCGUAGCCCGCCGCGGACACCCCCAAACUUUGACCGGCGCCGCUCGGGCUCCGUGCCGGGAACAAGCCAGGAAUUUUCAUGAUGAAUUAUACAGAGUCCAGCCCAUUGGCAGAAUCGGCUGCAACAGGUUUUAUACCCGAGUUGGAAAGUAUCAUACCUGUGCCUUCCAAUACAACCACUUGUGAAAACUGGAGAGAGAUACAUCAUCUAGUUUUUCAUGUAGCAAAUGUUUGCUUUGCAAUUGGGUUGCUUAUUCCAACCACUCUCCACCUGCAUAUGAUACUUCUUAGGGGAAUGAUGACUAUGGGUUGUGCCCUUUAUAUCGUGUGGGCCACACUCUACCGCUGUGCCUUGGAUAUAAUGAUCUGGAACUCGGUAUUUUUGGGUGUGAACGUUUUACAUCUUUCAUAUCUUUUGUACAAGAAGAGACCGGUAAAGAUCGAAAAGGAGCUCAGUGGCAUCUACCGGCGAUUGUUUGAACCACUGCGGGUGCCUCCAGACUUGUUCAGAAGGUUGACCGGACAGUUUUGCAUGAUCCAGACCCUGAAAAAGGGCCAAACUUAUGCUGCAGAGGAUAAAACCUCAGUUGAUGACCGUCUGAGUAUUCUCCUGAAGGGAAAAAUGAAGGUCUCCUAUCGAGGACAUUUUCUGCAUAACAUUUACCCCUGUGCCUUUAUAGAUUCUCCAGAAUUUAGAUCAACUCAGAUGCACAAAGGUGAAAAAUUCCAGGUCACCAUUGUUGCAGAUGAUAACUGCAGAUUUUUAUGCUGGUCAAGAGAAAGAUUAACCUACUUUCUAGAAUCAGAACCCUUCCUGUAUGAGAUAUUUAGGUAUCUUAUAGGAAAAGACAUUACAAAUAAGCUCUACUCGUUGAAUGAUCCCACCUUAAAUGAUAAAAAGGCCAAGAAGCUGGAGCACCAGCUCAGCCUGUGCACGCAGAUCUCCAUGCUGGAGAUGAGGAACAGCAUUGCCAGCUCCAGCGACAGUGAAGACGGCCUACACCAAUUUCUUCGGGGCUCCUCCAGCGUGUCCUCGCUGCAUGUGUCCUCCCCACACCAGCGAGCCUCUGCCAAGAUGAAGCCAAUCGAAGAAGGUGUGGAAGACGAUGAUGAGGUCUUUGAACCCGUGUCUCCGAAUACACGCAAAGCCCGUCAGCUGCCUUGAUCCGGGACAGAGCUGAAGGGACUGAGACGGAAAUGGCUUGCAGAGAUCACAACGACUACCAGCACUUCCUCGUGGCUUUUAGGUUCUUCUGCUUUAGCACAUCCAGACCGGCAGGGUCUGGGGGCGGGGUCGAGGCGGGACACACAUCCUCCUGUCCUUUUUUUAUUGGUCUGUUGAUUUUAAGCAGUUGUUUUACUGAGCCUUUUGACUAGACCUCAUUCUAUUUUGAGAUACAUAUUUCACAGUAUUUUCUAGAUAUAUUAUUUAAGUUAAAAAAAAAACACCUUGGCACUCUGUCAAUGCAAAUGCCUUUUUACUUAUUUUUCCAAGUUGUGAUUCUUUUUCCUCACGAUGUUUUUCUCUCCCAUGGCAACGGGGUUAGCUGUUUAAUUUUAACAACGAUUUCAGUUGGAGAUGAAAGCUAAGAUGAUAGUAAAAAGCAAGGAAUC